AUGGCAGCUGCGCAUGUCUUCGCGCUGGCCCGAGGCUCGCCGGGGGCCCUGCUCCUCCGCUCAAACGACCUGUCCCCUGGCGCCGCCGCCCACCCCGGCCGCGUCCCCUUCGACCUCGUCGACUUCUGCGCCCGCUCCUCCAGCUCCCCUGGCCUCCCCGCCUUCGUCCGCGCCUACUUCUGCUUCCUCGACACCCGCUCCCUCUUCGCCGCCCAAGAUCUCGACGCCGAAGCAGAUGACGAGGACACGCGCCUCGACCGGCUCUGGAAGCGGCAGCACUUACUCGAGUUGCUAAUGCAAAUCCGGCCCUACAUGGACAGCAUGGAGAAACAGAGCCUGGUCCUGGAGGCCAUGGACUGUGUGGUGAUCGAGAUCUUCGAGGUGUACAGCCAGGUGUGCACGGGCAUCGUGCGGUUCCUGGUGGGCGACGACACCAGGCGGGGUAGCGGCCCGGGAGCCCUCAUCCGGCGAGGUAGCGGCCGGGGAAGGAGGGAGGCGGACGAGCUUCUUGCCGAUGCCAUGGUGGCAUGGUUGGGCUUCUUGCCGGUGGACGCAUCGGGCCGCGGGUCAGAUAGGCCGUGA